UUUCGGCUCACAGCUUGAUGGUCAGAGAGGGUCAGAGGGUUGAAAGUUCGCUCGUGCAAGGCAACUGCCGAUGGCUGUGCUGUGCCUUCCUGUGUCUCAACUGUAUGGGCCAACACACAGGUGCUUUGCUGCACGAACACUUUGAGAGCUUCUUGUGCUUGCAGGAGAUUGCGCGGUACCCGCCUGAUGAAGAAGUGCAGUGUCGGGCAAACCUGCUAACAGCAGACGAGGCCUCACGAGCAUUGAGCACAGGCUGUCGCGCCGAGGCCUCUGUGUCCAGGUCACGGAGAGGCGCGUCAAAUGCGCCGAGCCGUGCAUCCUUGGAGGAUUUUCUCAAAAGCCCGCGAAGGUCCGGACGGUCUGGCCGUGUCCGUUCUGUCAGACCCACUCAGAGACAGCCCAUUGAUGACAACACGUCAGUACCUGCAGAGGUCUACCAUGGCAUGCUGCGGCUGGCUGAUGAGGCAAGGGCUCGGUCCACUCACCGCAGGGCCUUUGCAAAAGACUCUGGGGAGCCAUACUUGGAGCACUUGGACGCUGCCAGACUCCGAGAGAGAGCGGAGGACCCGUCCAAGACACCAACUGUGGAGGCACCCACCAUGUGGAGGAGGCCAUCCUCGUGUGCCACAGAGGUCAUCGAAAGGGCCUGGCCACCGGAGUCCUCCGCAGCUGUGGUGGUGCCGGUUCAGGUUAUUUGAUGCAACUCGUCAUCAGGACCUAUUGAGGGCAGAACAUCUUCCUUGCUGGCCUAUUGCUAUGAGAUUUGCCAGCGCUUUGCACAUUCGAUGUGAGCCUUUAAGCAGCAGUCAGUCCAACCGUUCUCAGCAAAGAGGAGUGAAAGAAUCAUCCGUUGUGCCCUGACAGCCCGGCAUGUUUAUUUAACAACAGGCCCUCCUACCCCAGUCAUUUGCUUGCAUCAGCGUGCUCAAUUCGUUAAGUUGCGCAACCCUGGCAGCAUGCCAAGAGUUUGCAGCAUCCAGUCUGCCGCACUCAACUGUUGCGGCUUUGGCUGCCAUUUAAGAGGGCUUCACGUAGAUGCCUCUCGAGGGAAUCAACUCACAAACCGAGUUGUUCACAACUGCUUCCGUGGUGCUACAGCAACUCGACUUGAC